CUUCUGUGCGCAACUGCUAGGAUCUCUCAAGUGCAUGUGGCAACUCAGCCCAGCUCCGGGUGGAAACCGGCGGCCGGGCUUUUGGAGGGUCUCGAAGGCCGGGGGAGCUGUCAAGACUGCGGCGGGGACCGGAGUGGAUCGAGGCGCGGGCGGCUGGGGGGAAGCACCCCCAACUUUCCACCCCAGCCGCAGCUCCUUCUGCCGCCGCGCAUUUCCUCCGAAACCGCGCCUGCGGAGCUACCCAGUGCAUGGGGCGCAAUACUUCCCCUUGUUGUGGGAAGUAAGGAGACUGCCCUCCCCGUUUUAAUUUUUUUUUUCCGGCUCGUCCUGGGGCUCUUUUUCUUCGGAGCAGUCGCCGUCCCCCUUCUGUCGUGCGCUCUGAGCAGGGCAUCUACAAUUGUGGAAAACUUUCUUCAGGAUUGUGACUAACUCUUAGCAUCACCUAGUAUGCUUAACUACAAUAUUUGAUCAGAAAACAUGAUAAAACGAAAGUCCAUCAGCUUGAUAAUGGAGGAGAACAAUGACUCCAUGGAGAACUCCCCGCAAGGCCCAGGGAGGAACAAUGCUGUGAAGUGUGGGUGGCUGAGGAAGCAAGGAGGCUUUGUCAAGACUUGGCAUACCCGGUGGUUUGUGCUCAAGGGUGAUCAGCUCUAUUACUUCAAAGACGAAGAUGAAACCAAGCCCUUGGGUACAAUUUUCCUGCCUGGAAAUAAAGUGCUUGAACAUCCCUGCAAUGAAGAGAGCCCAGGAAAGUUUCUUUUUGAAGUAGUUCCAGGAGGCGAUCGAGAUCGAAUGACAGCCAAUCAUGAGAGCUAUCUCCUUAUGGCGAGCACCCAGAAUGAUAUGGAAGACUGGGUCAAGUCCAUCCGCCGAGUCAUCUGGGGACCAUUUGGAGGAGGCAUUUUUGGACAGAAACUGGAAGAUACUGUUCGCUAUGAGAAGAGGUAUGGGAACCGCCUGGCUCCGAUGUUGGUGGAGCAGUGUGUGGACUUCAUCCGACAAAGGGGGCUGAAGGAGGAGGGUCUCUUCCGACUGCCAGGCCAGGCUAAUCUGGUCAAGGAACUGCAGGAUGCUUUUGACUGCGGAGAAAAGCCGUCAUUUGACAGCAACACGGAUGUACACACAGUGGCAUCACUUCUUAAACUGUAUCUCCGAGAGCUCCCAGAACCGGUUAUUCCUUAUGCCAAGUAUGAAGACUUUUUGUCUUGUGCCAAACUGCUCAGCAAAGAAGAGGAAGCUGGUGUUAAAGAAUUAGCAAAGCAGGUGAAGAGUUUGCCAGUGGUCAAUUACAACCUUCUCAAGUAUAUUUGCAGGUUCUUGGAUGAAGUACAGUCCUAUUCAGGAAUUAACAAAAUGAGUGUGCAGAACUUGGCCACUGUCUUUGGCCCUAACAUCCUACGUCCCAAAGUGGAAGAUCCCUUGACCAUUAUGGAGGGCACUGUGGUGGUCCAGCAACUGAUGUCAGUAAUGAUUGGCAAACAUGAUCGCCUCUUCCCCAAAGAUGCAGAGCUGCAAAGCAAGCCCCAGGAUGGAGUGAGCAACAACAACAAUGACCUUCAGAAGAAAGCCCUCAUGGGGCAGCUACAGAACAAGGAGAACAAUAAUACCAAGGACAGUCCCGUAAGGCGGUGCUCUUGGGACAAGCCUGAGUCUCCCCAAAGAAGCAGCAUGGAUAAUGGAUCCCCCACAGCUCUGCCAGGCAGCAAAACCAACAGCCCCAGGAACAGCAUCCACAAGCUGGAUGUCUCUAGAAGCCCCCCUCUCAUGGUCAAAAAGAAUCCCGCCUUCAACAAGGGCAGUGGGAUUGUCACCAACGGGUCCUUCAGCAGCAGUAAUGCUGAAGCACUCGAGAAAGCCCAGACCACUCCCAAUGGGAGCUUACAGGCCAGAAGGACCUCUUCCCUGAAGGGGUCUGGUACCAAAAUGGGCACCCACAGUGUGCAGAACGGAACCGUGCGCAUGGGCAUCUUGAACUCUGAUACCCUGGGGAACGCCGGGAAUGGCCGCAGCAUGAGCUGGCUGCCCAAUGGCUACGUGACCCUGAGGGAUAAUAAGCAGAAAGAGCAAGCAGGAGAGUCGGGCCAGCACCACAGGCUCUCCACCUACGAUAACGUCCACCAGCAGUUCUCCGCCAUGAGCCUCGACGACAAGCAGAGCGUCGACAGCGCCACCUGGUCCACGUCCUCCUGUGAGAUCUCCCUGCCCGAGAACUCCACCUCCUGUCGCUCCUCCACCACCACCUGCCCGGAGCCAGACUUUUACGGUGGGAACUUCGAGGACCCCGUGUUGGACGGGCCCCCGCAGGACGACCUCUCCCACCCCGGGGACUAUGAAAACAAAAGCGACCGCAGGAGUGUGGGCGGCCGCAGCAGUCGGGCCACCAGCAGCAGCGACAACAGUGAGACCUUCGUUAGCAACACCACCAGCAACCACAGCGCCCUGCAUAGCUUAGUGUCCAGCCUCAAACAGGAAAUGACCAAACAGAAGAUAGAGUAUGAGUCCAGGAUAAAGAGCUUAGAACAGCGAAACUUGACUUUGGAAACAGAAAUGAUGAGCCUCCAUGAUGAACUGGAUCAAGAAAGGAAAAAGUUCACAAUGAUAGAAAUCAAAAUGCGAAAUGCCGAACGGGCAAAAGAAGAUGCAGAGAAAAGAAAUGACAUGCUUCAGAAAGAGAUGGAGCAGUUUUUUUCCACGUUUGGGGAGCUGACAGUGGAACCCAGGAGAACCGAGAGAGGAAACACGAUAUGGAUCCAGUGAGGGGACUUUCCCCCGCUGUGUCGAGUGGCCCUGGGAAGGACUCUGGGGAUUCUGGUGGGAAGAUUAUAUAGGACCAGGUGGCUGGUCACCUGGCUGUACAGAGCUCUAGCUGGGGAAGGCAUAUCAUUUAUAGACAUUACCCACCCAUAUCUGCAAUGUGUACCAAAGUUGUAUCAUGUCCCAUAAUGCUACUGUUAAGUAUUACAACUGGAUAUGUGUAUAUAGAGUAGUUUUUAAAAAGUAAACUAAAAACAAGAAGCAUAUCUCAAGAAUUAUUUUAUUGCCAGUCUUGUAUUUAAAAUGUUAAAUCAGUAUGUCAUUGCAAUUUAGCUUGCUUUCAAGCUUCACCCCUUGCACUUAACAUAAGCUAUUUUUGGCAUUGUGUUAUCAUCAGCUUAUUUUAUAGAUCAAUAUUUUUAUUUCCCCUUUUGCUGAGGAAAUGAAGAUAAGCAGAUAUAUAAAUAUAUAAAAAUAUAUAUGAGAUGAGUUAUUAAAAUCAAAAGAAUACUUUGUGGCUGUGCUGUUUGUGCCAAUAGACCUUGCCGUGACCAAAAAGAGAAAUGUCAAUAAUUUUAUAAAAUACAAUGGAAUCCCCAGGAAACUUUGAAUCACUCUAUGAAUUCUGCCCUUGAUACUGCUCAGUUUUCUUGGGGAGAUGGUUUGACACAGGAAAUUUUAGAUUAUGUAAAAAAGUCUCCUUCUCAAGUCCCCUGGUCUGUCUUGCCCAUGCCAUAGACCCAUGUCUCCUAUGUAGGAUGCACUUUAGUGGGGGGAAAAAUCAUUUUAAAAAAAGAGCAUUUAAGUAGUCAUGCCUUGCAUUACUCUUUCUGCUGGAUGGUUAUGAGAGAAAAUUCUUCCUGCCAUUGGGAAGUUGAGAAACAAUGUUUGCUAAUUAUGGUGUCCACAUUGAGCACCUGUCCUCGACUCCACCCCCACCCCCAUACCAACCUCCCCCUGCCCUGAACUGCCCUUUGGAAAUGGAAACAGUGAAAUAGUAUUACCGUAUCUUUCUCAGUUAAACUGCUGGAGUGCGUGCCUUAUAUUCUUCUUUUGCUCAGGCUGACUGUUCUGUUGUCAUCUAGGAUCCUUUCUGAACGACAGCUGGCAAAGGUAGUUUGAAGCCAGAGGGAGGUGAUGGAGGGAAAAGGGACCAGGAGAAGGAGGAGACAGGUUGGAAGAAGAUAUCUGGCUUCUAAUUUGUUUUUUUACAAUAUUGUCCUUCCCUAUUAAAACAUAGUUAUUCACAAUAAUUUUAAAAUGUGAAUCUUUAAAAGUCCAAUGUUGAUAAAUUUGUGAACAUCACUAAUGAUAACUUUCCAGACUCUCUAGGACUCUCUGGAGCUGGAGAUUGGAGAGAACAAUUCCUCACAAUUAAAUAAGGCAAUGAGUUUGAGAAGCAAAGCAAAUAAAACUUUCUCAGACUAGAACAGACAGUCACAAAAGGCAUAAUUAGAAAUAAAUACUACUUGAGUUUA